AUACGAAAUAACAAAGGCGGGAAUUCUUACCGCCAUUACACACCCAAGCCACUCCAUCUAUAUACACAAACACAUCUGCAGCUACUUUCAAACGUUCCUCUUCACUCACUUUAAUCACACACGACGCUUCAAUUAAUCAGGAAAUGGAUACAUCAAAUCCAGCGGCAUUUGUUAACGGAGAGCUUCUCCGGAUGUUUGUGGGACGGAGAGUCCGCACUGUGAUUCAGGUUUUACGCACCGAUGGAGGUGGCGUUGUGGGGAAAUCCUGCGAUGAUCAGCAAAUUGUAGUGACAGGGCAGCUUCCGGCGCCUCUCACUACGUUUGUCGAGAUCAUCGGGAUUGCUGAUGGGGCUCAGUCUAUUCGUGCUGAUAUCGGGACUAAUUUUGGGGAUAAUUUUGAUUUGCUGAACUAUAAUCAGCUUUGCAAGCUUGCGAAUGGGGAGUACAAGCACCUGUUUAUUUGAGGCGAGGUGGUGAUUGUUACUUUAUGUAAUGGGCUUGUGGUGAUUGCUACGAAGAGACUAGUGUUUUAGAUGGAAUAUAGUGGUAAUGUUAAUGUAGGUUAUUAUGAUGCUUAUCUUUGAUAUUGGUUUUGUCGGUUUUUGUCAAGUAAUAUAUCAAUGGUGCUUUUUCUAUUUCUGCAAGUAUAACAAUUUAUGCCUUUCUGGUAUUAUAGUGUUCCAUAGUUAACUACUUCACAUUA